GCGCUGUGCCCCUCCAGACAUCCCCGAGUUCACAUCCAGCCCCCUCGGGAGAUCCUGCCCGGUUGUUAAUUGUCACGAGCUGUCCAGAAUCCUUAUCGUUAAGAUCCUGCUGUGUUCCUGAGGUGUUGCGGUACCUGCUGCGACAACAGCGCUCGCCGGAAUGCUAAACAGCCUCUACCAGCAGAGAGAGUAAGGCCAAGUGGUGGGAACAGAACUAUAAAGUCACCGCCAAAGGUUCUGAAGCCACAAGUGAAGAAUUUGACCCAAAAGCAGAGCGACUCCUGUCUCCAGGCAGGACCGAGCUCCAGCUGAUGCUGAGGGAACCACAGAACCUUCCGAGAGCUCAAGUUCAAGUGGAUGCACAUUGAGUCACCUAAAAUCUUGGUGCAGCUCCUCCCCACAGGCUCGGUGUGCAGAGACCAUCUAGCAUGUUCCUCCAGCUGGGCCGUUCAGCCGGUGCCAACAGCAGCCGUUCCGUUCCAGGGACACCAGGGUGACCUCCCACCAGUUGGGCAUCGGACCUGCAGAGCAGAAGCCCUGUUGGGCUUUGGACGCCUCUUCCUCUGCCCGCAUACUUAUGAAGAGUCAGUGCUGGGCAUUAAAUGCAGCUCAGCCCAACUCGGCUGCUGUGUGUGAGUUUCUUCUGGGGUAAAGUUGGGCCAGAACCAGUUUCGAGGCAGCUGGAAGAAGAACCGACCUUCCUUUCUCCAGUGUGUUGGGAUCUUUACAGCAGCCCAUGCCGCGGCGCCUGGCCUCUUCCACCCGAACUGCCCCUGGCUUGGACCUAACCUAGGAAUAAAUCUCAGCGCGGCUCGGACCUAACCUAGGAUAAAUCUCAGCGCGGCCGGGGUAGGGGGGAAACCAUGGGGAGCUCUGCCUCGUCGCUGGCCGCAGAGACGGAGUCGGACCACGGCUUCAGUAGCGCGCCCUACCCGGGGCACCCAGCCGUGAGCUGGUAUAGGAGUAGUCACGGUGGCCCCGUUUGGGAAAGUGCCCUUAUAACGCGGCAGCACCAGCAUUUACACCACCGGGUGCGAAGCCACUCCCACUCUCCCGGCUCCAUGGCUGCCGUCCGCGAGUGGUCCUGCACCCGCUGCACCUUUCUGAACCCCGUGGGCCAGCGGCAGUGCUCCAUCUGCGAAGCCCCCCGCCAGAAGCCCGACCUCAACCACAUCCUGCGGCUCAGCGUGGAGGAACAGAAAUGGGCUUGUGCCCGCUGCACCUUCAGGAACUUUCUGGGCAAGGAGACCUGCGAGGUAUGUGGCUUCACCCCGGAGCCGGGGCCCAGCGGCUCCCCCUUGCCCGUCAUCAACGGCAUCUUGCCCAAGCCCACCGUGCUUGUGGAGCCCAAGGGCACCUCCAAGGAGGAGGCUGCCAAGGCAGAAAGCAGCAGCGAGGACUCGGAGGGGAAAAGCCCCGAGGAAGCGGAGCUGGAGAGUGGCUGGGCUUGCCAGCGCUGCACGCUGCACAACACGCCGGUGGCCAACUCCUGCUCUGCCUGCGGUGGCCCACGCAAGCUCUCCCUGCCCAAGAUCCCACCAGAGGCGCUGGUCGUCCCUGAAGUCAUCACCCCUGCCGGAUUUCACAUGGCCCCCUCCACCCCGCAGCCUUUAGUCUCUGCAGAGAUCUCUGACGGUGACGCCGUGGCCACCCAGGGCCCGGUGGCUAUGGAACAGGAGGCCCAGAAGAUACCAGCCUUCAGUCCCUUCUCCCCGGGGCUCCAGAACAACCCCGUGCCCCGGAGCCGGCGGGAGGUCCCCCCCCAGCUGCAGAUGCCGGGCCCCGAAGCCUCCCAGCCGGCGGCUCCGAGCCCCGGGGGGCAGAAGGGCUCUCCGCAGGGCCAGGCCAGGGCUGCCCCCGCUGCCCGCUUCCAGGAGCUUCUGUCCAACAAGCGGCUGAGCGUGCUGGAGGAGGAGAUGGAGGUCAGUCCGUCCCACUGGAAGUGCAGCUCCUGCUCCCUGCUGAACUCCGCCGGGGCCAGCAAAUGCGAGGCUUGCAGCGCCCAGAAAGGCAGCGACACCAUCAACCUGGUGGGGGACUCGGUGAGGUUCACCCCCUGCAGCCCCUCCAGCCCCGACUUCACCACCUGGUCCUGCUCCAAGUGCACCCUCAAGAACCCCACCCUGGCCCAGAAAUGCAAAGCCUGCGGCUCCUCCAAGCUGCACGGCUUCCAGGAGCACGGGACGCAGGGCGAGCCGUCCCCCCGCUGCCCCGACUGCGGGGCCUGCGACAAGGGCGGCUGCUCCUCCUGCUCCAGCAAGGCCCCCUCCGCCCGCAAGGUCGCCCGUCUCUUCCCCUCCCAGUUGCCCAGCGGCCAGGAGAGGCCGGGCCAGUGGGCUUGUCCCGCUUGCACCUUGCUCAACGAGGUGAAGGCCAAGCACUGCGUGGCCUGCCAUACCCCGCAGCAGUACGUGGCCCAGCGCAAGGGCCUCAAGCCCCUGAAGAGACGGGAGAGCAUGCACGUGGAGAAGCGGCGGCAGACGGACGAGGGAGAGGCCAAAGCCCUGUGGGAGAACAUCGUGACCUUCUGCCGGGAGAACAAAGUCAAUUUUGUAGAUGACAGUUUCCACCCUGGGCCCAAAUCCGUGGGAUUCCCGGAAGGCGACAACGUGCAGCAGAGGGUGAAACAGUGGCUGCGACCCCACGAAAUCAACUGUAGCAUCUUCAAGGACCGAUCAGUGAAGUGGUCCGUGUUUCGGACGCCCCGGCCCUCGGAUAUCCUGCAGGGACUGCUGGGGAACUGCUGGUUCCUGAGCGCCCUGGCCGUGCUGGCCGAGCGGCCGGAGCUGGUGGAGAGGGUGAUGAUCACCAGGACGCUGUGCCCCGAGGGUGCCUACCAGGUGCGGCUCUGCAAGGAUGGCACGUGGACCACGGUGCUGGUGGACGACAUGCUGCCCUGCGAUGAGUGCGGGUACCUCCUCUUCUCGCAGGCCCAGAGGAAGCAGUUGUGGGUCGCCCUCAUUGAGAAGGCUCUGGCCAAGCUCCAUGGUUCGUACUUUGCCCUCCAGGCGGGGCGUGCUAUUGAAGGCCUGGCUACACUAACGGGUGCCCCCUGCGAGAGCCUGAUGCUGCAGGUCAGCUCCACUAACCCUCGCGAGGAGCCCAUUGACACUGACCUCAUCUGGGCCAAAAUGCUGAGUUCUAAGGAGGCUGGGUUCCUCAUGGGCGCGUCCUGUGGCGGAGGCAACAUGAAGGUGGACGAUGUGGCCUACGAGAGCAUGGGCCUGCGCCCGCGGCAUGCCUACUCCAUCCUGGACGUGCGGGACGUCCAAGGCUUCAGGUUACUGCGGCUCCGAAACCCCUGGGGCCGCUUCUCCUGGAACGGCAGCUGGUCCGACGAGUGGCCGCACUGGCCAGCGCCCUUGCGACACGACCUGAUGCCCCACGGCAGCAGUGAGGGUGUCUUCUGGAUGGAGUACAGCGAUUUCAUUAAGUAUUUUGACUCCGUGGACAUCUGCAAGCUCCAUUCGGACUGGCACGAGGUGCGUGUGCAGGGCAUGUUCCCCAACAAGGCCAACGGGCCGGUGACGGUGACAUCGCUGACGGUGUUGGAGCGUGCUGCCCUGGAGUUUGCCCUCUUCCAGGAGGGCAGCAGGCGGUCGGACACGGUGGACAGCCACUUGCUGGAUCUGUGCAUCAUGGUUUUCCGGGCCACCUUCACCAGCGGGAACAAGCUGAGCCUGGGCCGGCUGAUGGCUCACAGCAAACGAGCCGUCAAGAAGUUCGUCAACUGCGACGUGAUGCUGGAGCCGGGGGAGUACGCCGUGGUGUGCUGUGCCUUCAACCACUGGAGUGCUGCCCUGGCAGGCCCCACCACCACCCAGGCAUCCAGUCCCACCAGCAGCCGACCGGCCACCGAUUACUCCAGCUAUAUCCUGGCCAUCUACAGCUCCCGUCUGGUGAUGGUGGAGCAGGUGGAGGCCCAGCCCACCACGUUGGCAGAUGCCAUCAUCCUGCUGACCGAGAACAAGGGCGAGCGCCACGAGGGCCGCGAGGGAAUGACCUGCUACUACUUGACGCAUGGCUGGGCAGGACUCAUUGUGGUGGUGGAGAACCGUCACCCCAAGUCCUACCUGCACGUCCAGUGUGACUGCACCGACAGCUUCAACGUCGUCUCCACGCGUGGCAGCCUCAAAACACAGGACAGCGUUCCCCCCCUGCACAGGCAGGUGCUGGUGAUCCUCUCCCAGCUGGAGGGUAACGCCGGCUUCUCCAUCACCCACCGCCUGGCCCACCGCAAAGCCACCCAGGCCUUCCUCAACGACUGGAUGGCCACCAAGGGCACCCACAACCCGCUGCUCACCCCCGAGGUCGCCGGCCUCCACGGCCCCCGGCCCCUAUGACGAAGCGCCUCCCCCCUCCCCGCUCCGCUCCCCCCUUAUUUUCUCCCGGGGCCGCCCCCCCAAGCUGUCAGCGCCGAGCCGUGGGGCAGAGCCGUGGGGCAGAGCCGUGGGGCAGAGCGGGAGCGUCACACCCAGCACUUUGCCCUGCGCCGUGGGGCCGGGGCGAGCUCUCAGGGCUAGGACCAGCUCUUGCCCGCCGCCCCGGCCCCCCCAAACCCCCCCACGCACUUUAUGAGGAGCGGCUGGGGGGGGCACGGGGCCAUCUCAGGAUCCCACCUGCCCCAAUCCCGCCCUGGGACCCCCCGGGGGGGCUGCGGGAGAAGAUGGGGGGGCUGCAGUUUGCUGUCAAGGCCCUUCCCAGGCACCACGCUCAGGACUCUCCCCCC